UUUUUUUUUAUUUUUCUGUUUUUGUUUGGUUGGUUGGUUGGUUGAUUUGUUUUAUUUCUAAAAAUGUUUCGAGGGGAGGAAGGAGGGGCUUUUUGUUGCUUGCUCAUUUUUUUAUGAUUAAGUCUUUUAAUGUUUGUAGGUAUUCUCUCUUUUUUCUGUUUGUUUACUCAUGGCCAGUCUCGGCCACCAAUCUCGCAUUCUUCUUCUUUCUUUUCCUUUUUUCCUUUCACUUUUAUAUAUUCCUUCUUUCUUUAAAAGCAUGUUCGGACAUUUUGAUAUAA